AUGUUAUUUAUUCAAAUUUUUAUUCUUUUAUUUGUAUUGAUAGAUAUAAAAUGUAUUAUAAUUUGCAUAAAAAUUGAAACGUAUCAAACAAAGUUUUCCUUACAACACAAGAAGUACAGUUUGAACAAAAGUAAAAAAGGGAGAAAAAAGGCAACUCCUUUUUUUGUAAAUAUAAAUGAUAACAAAAAUUUUAAGUUAGUUAAUCGGUACAUAAUUGAAAAGUUAAGGAAAAAUUAUCAAUUUAUUUCGUUACAAGAAGGGAAAAAAAGUAUAAAAGAACGGGUUAAUAAUAAUAAAGAAAUCAUACCCCGUACACUUUUCAGUACCAUAAAUGGUAAUACGACUAUUAUUAUUGAAAGUGAGAAAAAAAAUUCUUUACAAAAUCAAAGAGAUAAUAUUACAAACGGUUGUAAGGAACAUACUCAAGUUACCGCAAUUGAAGAUCCUCCCUACGAUAGUACUAGGAAGAGGAGAAAUGGGAAAAUUUUUUAUCAUCAUGAUAGUAGACAAACCGUUAAAGGGAAGAGCCAAAAACAGACUAGAGGAAAAACCGAAAAGAAUAAAGUUCUUAGUGCGUUAAAAUAUCCACAAAACUAUUACACUGGAACAAAGGAGAAUCGUACUAUUGUAGAUAUACAGAAUACGAAUGUAAGGAGCUUUCUACUUAGUAAAAAUGAAGAAAGAUCGCUUGCCCUGCAGGAUUACAUAUACAGAUCAUGGAAGAAGAAGAAUUUUUCCAAUUUCCUGGUAUCCCUUAAUGACGAGGCAUUUGACUACACUUGUAUAGAACAGUGGUUGCACAAAUUAUCGAUAAGUCUGAAUAAAAAAUAUUUAAAAAUAAAAAUUAAUGAGGAUCAUAUAUUAAUAAGAAAUAAGUAUUUUGAAAAUGAAAAAAGAAAAUUAAAUGAGUUUAAAAUAGAUUUUAGUGUUAUUGAAAAAUGCUUUGAUAUAAUGAUAGAAAAUAUGAAUAAAUUUUGUUCAUAUGAAAUUACGUCCAUUUUAUGGGCUAUAACGAUAAUUAUAUUGAAGGCUUCAAAAAAUUCAAAUAAUUUAAUAAGUUUUAAAUUUAAUAGUACAACAUGUCAUCCUGUUAUUAUAAUAUCAAUUAUAAAAAAAUUCAAAAUAUUUUUUUCAUUGGCGGUUAAGAAAUUGAAUAGUAUAAAAUUUAAUUUGUCUAUUGAUGAAUCACUGUGGGCUAUUUGGAGCAUAUGUAAAUUGCUUUAUUUUAACAUUAUGUUUGAUAAUUAUUUAGGUAAGACAAAGGAAAGGGAUGAAAUUUUAACAGAGGAGGAGAAAGCUGGGCAGAAUUUCUCUUGUGUUACAGGAAGCGGUGUUAAUGAUAGUAAUGCUUCCGUCGAUUUUACGUACCAGGGGGAGGGAAAUGAAGAGGUUGUAUUCCAUACAACCCAGAAAGAGGAGCUAGCAGUUGUUAGCAGUGGGGGUAGCAGAAAUAAUAAUGCGGCUGGAAAUGGACAUUAUGAAGACUAUACAGCUUAUGAACGUAAUGGUAAUGAGCAGUUAGCCCGUGUGAGGGAGAAAAAGCAGGAGGAUUACAAUAUAUGCCAGAAACAAUUCUUGAUGAACAAAUUUUUGUUAAGUGAAGAAAUGAUAACUAACAUAUUAGAUACGUUUAAUUAUAUAUACAAAAGAUUACUUAAAAAUAUAAAAUUUCUAAAUGAUAAAUAUUAUAUAUAUAUCCCGUUCAUAAUAUUUGAAUCACAAACAUUGAUGUUAAAAAAUAGUAUAUUAUUAUUAAAUCGAAUAAUACAUUUAAUUUUAAAAAAUGAAAUUUUGUUAAAACUUUUUAACUUGGACUAUUUGAAAAGUUUAUACAUGGAAAACUCAGGAAAAAUUGCAUCGAAUAAAGUAGAUGACAUAUACAGAAACAGUAAAGAUAUUUUUAGAAUAAAAACACUGAGUAAGGUGUAUAAACUAAUAAAAUGUAUUUCUAAAAUAUUUUACCCCUUAAAGAACCCAAACAUAAUGAAUAUAAACUUACAUAAUAAUUAUAAAAGUUUGGAUAAACAUAUCCUGGGAGAUUUUAUUCUUUCGUGUAAUCAUGCUUUGGUAAAAUACAUCGAUUAUUUUGUUUUCAUCAUUAAUUAUAAAAACAGAGGGGAAUUCAGGGAUUUCAUGGGUAGUUCGAAUUUUGAGGGGAGAACAGUGGAUACUAGUAUUAAAGAAAAAGAAAUAAAAGAAGAUGUGGAUCGUACCUCGUCCCCGGGUAGCACUAUGGUAAUAGAUUUGGGUCAACAGGACAGGGUAAAAAUUAAGGAUGAGGUAAAAAUGAAGUAUAAAAACGAGUUAGUUUUUAUUUAUAAUUGCUUGAAAAGUUCAUUUGUAUCCUUGAUUAAGUUAGACUUAAAGGAUAAGUACAUGUAUGAAUGGUUAAACCAUAAUAUACAUCUUUUUAAAUUUGACAACAUGAACAAGGGAAGAAGAUAUUCCCCUAAUUGGGAAGAUGAGAAAAAGGAUAAUUGGGGUAGAAAUAUAAAUGGUUCAAGCAAAUGGGAGGAAGAUGUUGUAUUGAUGGAUGAUGGGAUGGAUGGCAUAGGAGUGGAAGCGUUGAAUGCUGAUGAUGAUAAUAUAGAGGAGAAUAAAUCAAAGGAGGGAAACAGGAGUUCGAGUAGAAAUCAAAUGAGUAGAGAACAUCUUUCAACUGAAGCGGCAAAUUAUGCACUAAAAAAUUAUGUUAAUAGUGCAGGUUUAUAUUAUGAAUCGAAAAAAGAUAACCCUACUGCUAAGGAAAAGAUAAAAAACAACAUAUCUGACGUUUGUUUAGAUGUGCUAGCAUUAAGCAGAUUUAGCAAAUUGUACAAUGCGGAUAUGAAAAAGAAGUUAAUAGAAAACAUUGAGCAAAGUAUAGAAGAUACAGUGAAAAGAUUUAAAUUAGUGUAUAGAAAUUAUAAUGUGAAGGAUCCAACAUAUAUAAGAAAUAAUGAUAUAUAUAUUAUAAAAGAUACACAUAUUGAAGAGUUAUAUGAUGAAGAGACGAAAACAUUUUUUAAAAAAAAUCAAAAUAUUGAAUUUCGAAAUAUUAUAAUGCCAAAACAACUAGCCAUUUUUAUAAAUUAUUUAGGUAGAAAUAACCAUUUAAUUGAGAAACAAAAGUUAGACAACAUCUAUUUUAUAUCUGUAAUAUAUAUCAAUAUGACAAAAUUUAAUUAUUUUACAUCAAACGAUAUUAUUCAUUUUUUACAAGGGUUAUUAAAUUAUACUGGAACAAAUAAUAGUUAUGUAGUAAAUUCUGAACACGUUCAUAAAAUGUUAAUAUUAUUAUGUAAUAUUGUUGAAGAAUCUUUCUUAUAUUGGAAAUCUUCUAACAUAUGUCAGCUCAUAUAUCUGUUGGCCAAAUUUAAACAUAUACAUGGAAAUAUUUUUAACAAGUUUGACUGGUUCUUAAGUACUAUUACAUUUCCAAAUUAUAUAUAUCAAAAGGCGAAUGUGACAGGUUUAAAAAGUGCAAAAGGGUAUAUUUUGAACGACCCGAACUGUUUGCUCAUGCAGGAAGGGGGGCGAAGCAGUAGUAGGGAUAGCAGUAACGAUGGGGAUAAAAGUAACGAUGGAGAUAGAAGUAACGAUGGGGAUAGAAGUAACGAUGGGGAUAGAAGUAACGAUGGGGAUAGAAGUAACGAUGGGGAUAGAAGUAACGAUGGGGAUAAAAGUAACGAUGGAGAUAGAAGUAACGAUGGAGAUAGAAAUAACAAUACAUCCAAUAUCCCAAUGAGCAUCUCAAUAAAUGAGCUUAAAUACGAUAACCUCGGUUCAGCUAUGUGGGCUUUGACAUCAAUUAACAAAAACGUAAUAAAAAAUAAGCAUUACUUGAAGUUUUCCUACUUAUUUUCCGUGUACUUUUCCCUGCACAUGAAGCUCUUCUUACAGCAGGAAGCGCCAAGUGGUGUAUCCCCCCGUACAGCCAAAUCAGCCAUGUAUGGCUCAGCCACGUAUAAUACUGUUUCUUCUACAACCAUGUUUACCUCGUUCGAUCCAAAUGGUAGGCAAAAAGGAGUGUAUCUAACUGACUGGGACUUUUUGCAUUAUAAUAGGGGGUACUAUAAAAUGCCAAUAGAUUCAAUGACGAUUAGUAUAUAUAUGAAUACAUUUGCAAGGAAAAUAAAAAUUGGUUUUUUGUUUUUUUAUGAUGUUAUUCAUAACAAUAGUGAUAUUGUAUAUCACUUUUCGCUUAAGGAACUUUCGUAUUUAGUGUAUUCCUUAUCGCACAUAAAUGAGUGUUCACUAAUGGGAAGCAUUUUUGAAAUGGAGGAUAAAAAGAAUAAUGAGUGUUCAAAGAACACAGAGGAGAGGGAAAACGCUUUUUUAAAAUUUUUAGAUUCAAGUAGUUCAUUGUGGAUUGAGGAAAUUGAUAGUUUAUUCGAGUCGGUGGAGGGAAAGUGCGGUGUGCGGAAUACUAUGGGUGAUAAGGAUGAGGAGCGCGAUAAGCGUGAGGAGUGUGAGAACCGUAUACAAGGAGAAGAAACAGAUGCUACAGUUGAGCAAUUGAGCGAUAUGAGCGGUGGUAGGAAGAGUUACCUAACCCGUUCAGAUGGAAAACACAAGAAAAGUAUUGUGAGAAAGGAAAACUUUUUAAAAUUUAAAAAUGAAAGAAUUCACUUAUCAAAUGAGUUUUUGAAUAAUUUAAUGGAAAAAAUUAUUUAUUAUACUUCCUAUAUAUUAAAUAAGGAAACAUAUUAUAAAGAUGUUAAACAGAAUGAUACACAAUACAUUAGCAAUGCAAACAAAAAAAAUACUAUCGAAAUUAUAGAUUUGGUGAAAUUAAUUUACAGUUUCUUUAUUUUCUUAAAUCAGAAGGUACACAUAGGCAAAACAGAAGGGUUAGAUUUUAGUCAAGUAGAAUACAUAAUUCAUCAAUACAACUUAAUAGUCAAGAGCAUACUGAGUACGUUCAAUUAUAUUUACUUCAUAAUUGACACUUACUCUUUGAUAAGCAAUAUAUACGUGCUGGACUAUUUCACAAAGAAUAUAAUAAAGGAGUUUGUGCAAAUAUGCGCGAAAAAAAUUGAAGAAGAAAAAAUGGUAGAUUUAGAAAAAAAAAAAAUUAUGUUAAGUAUACAGAAUUUGAAGGCCACUAACUAG